AAAUGUUCUUGCUUUAGGGGAUUCCUAUUCUUCCUCCUAUAUGGUCUUGAGGACAUAGUAAUAAUAUGGUAUCCAAAGCCCUUUUAAUACUUUUUAUGCCUUUGUGAUUAUUCUUCUUUCUUCUUCUUCUUUCUUCCUCCUCUUCUGUGUUGGAAGGUGAAGUUUUGGACAAUUUUGUAAGGCUGAGAAUGAACGAUUGGGCUGCACCACUCAUAGCUGCGGCACUGUUUGCACUUUUGUCACCAGGAACACUGUUUCAAAUGCCCGGAAAGACUCGGCCACUUGAUUUAAUGGGCAUGAAGACUAGUAUUGGCUCCAUAUUUGUGCACACGGUUCUCUACGGUUUGCUUCUUAUUUUGUUUCUGGUUGUUCUUAACAUUCACCUCUAUGUCUAGGAAGCAAUAGGCUUCUACUAGGACAAAGAGUUUUAUGCUAUAUAUAUAUAUAUAUACUAUUUUUGUUUUCUGCUUUUGGUCUAUGUAAGCUCUCAAGAAAUCAGCUUUUUGCUAAUGAAGGGAUUAUAAUUAUCAUUCA